GCCAAGGCCAGGUUAUAUCUGUCCAGAGGGCUGUAUAUGGACGGCGCGAUCGGACAACAUGUACAAUUGGGCGACCUGCCUCCCAACUUGAAAAUGUGCGCUGCUCAACACCUGCAAACAAAGUUGCUGAAAGUCGAAAUUCAAACCUGUAUUUGCAUCCAUAGAUGCAAUGGGAAAAGCAGUUGCUCUGUCGAUGCGAUAAACUCUGUGUUCGGAGACCCCUGUUAUGGCACUUACAAGUACCUGGAGCUGGAUUACAUUUGCCAAACCCAAAGCCAGGUUAUAUCUGUCCAGAGGGCUGUAUAUGGACGGCGCGAUCGGACAACAUGUAUAACUGGGCGACCUGCCUCCCAGAUUGAAAAUGUGCGCUGCUCAACACCUGCAAACAAAGUUGCUGAAAGAUGCAAUGGGAAAAGCAGUUGCUCUGUCGAUGCGAUAAACUCUGUGUUUGGAGACCCCUGUUAUGGCACUUACAAGUACCUGGAGGUGGAUUAUACCUGCCAA